ACUCGCUGCGCUUUCUUCCCCGUCAAUCUCCCGAAUAGUGAGAAUGUAAACGGCGAUCGCCCUCGCUGCUACUCGCUGAGCGAUGAGACCGGGAGAUACGCCAUCUGCACCUCACCACCAUGGACGAAGACCUCUUUCAGCUUCGGCAUCUACCAGUGGUUAAGUUCCGUCGCACAGGUGAAAGCGCGAGGUCAGAAGAUGACACGUGUUCUGGAGAGCAUGAGAUUGAGAUAGAAGGGGUCCGAUCCGAACUGGAGCAAGUUGAACUGGAGGAUGGAGCCACUGUCCCCAAAGACUUUGCAAAUCCUACAGAUGAUGUGUUCAUGGUGGAGGAUGCUGUCGAGGCGAUUGGAUUUGGAAAGUUUCAGUGGAAACUCUCAGUCCUUACUGGAUUGGCAUGGAUGGCUGAUGCCAUGGAGAUGAUGAUCCUCAGUAUACUGGCACCUCAACUGCACUGUGAGUGGAGAUUGCCAAGCUGGCAAGUUGCCUUCCUAACCUCGGUGGUGUUUGUUGGAAUGAUGUCCAGCUCAUCGCUAUGGGGAAACAUAUCAGAUCAGUAUGGCAGAAAGACAGGUCUGAAAGUUAGCGUACUCUGGACACUGUACUAUGGAAUACUGAGUGCCUUCUCACCAAUCUACAGCUGGAUACUUGUCCUCAGAGGCUUGGUAGGCUUUGGGAUUGGAGGUGUUCCACAAUCAGUAACAUUAUACGCAGAAUUUCUUCCAAUGAAAUCAAGAGCAAAGUGUAUCUUACUAAUAGAGGUGUUCUGGGCCUUUGGGACAGUGUUUGAAGUGCUGCUGGCAGUGGUGGUGAUGCCCACAUUAGGGUGGCGCUGGUUGCUCAUUCUUUCUGCAGUGCCUCUUAUGAUUUUCGCCAUCUUGUGUUUUUGGCUUCCAGAGAGCGCACGUUAUGACGUAUUGUCUGGGAACCAAGAGAAAGCUCUUGCCACAUUAAAGCGCAUUGCUACAGAAAAUGGAGCACCAAUGCCACUUGGAAAACUGAUCGUUGCCAGGCAGGAGGACCGUGGUCGUAUUCAGGACCUCUUCACACCAGAGUUUCGAAUGACCACUAUCCUGUUAUGGUUCAUUUGGUUUUCCAAUGCUUUCUCCUAUUAUGGAUUGGUUCUGUUAACCACAGAGCUUUUCCAGGAAGGUGAUGUGUGCAGCAUGACAGCAGGUGGGAGGAAGCCUGAGGGAAGGUGCUCGCUGGAAUGCAAGUACCUGAAUGCCACCGAUUACACAGACCUUCUCUGGACGACAUUGUCGGAAUUUCCAGGUGUUUUAGUAACUCUGUGGAUUAUUGAUCGGAUUGGUCGUAAGAAGACAAUGGCUGUAUCUUUCUUUAUCUUUUCAUUCUUCGCUCUGCUGUUGUUUGCAUGUGUUGGGAGGUUUGCCCUCACUGUAUUCCUCUUUAUUGCCAGGGCAUUCAUCUCAGGUGGUUUUCAGGCUGCAUAUGUCUAUACGCCCGAGGUUUACCCGACUGCCACUCGAGCACUGGGCUUGGGGACAUGCAGUGGGAUGGCUCGUGUAGGAGCGCUUAUCACUCCUUUCAUUGCACAGGUCAUGUUGGAAUCCUCAGUCUAUCUAACGCUUUCAGUGUACAGUGGAUGCUGUCUACUGGCAGCACUUGCUUCCUGUUUCCUACCAAUUGAGACAAUGGGGCGAGGUCUUCAAGAAUCCAGCCAGCAGGAAUGGGGUCAGGAAAUGGUGGGCAGGACGCACCAUUCAAGCAGCUCAACCAGGAGCACCUAGGGCACGUUUAUCACAAGAAUAACACGCUCAUGAAAAAAGAAAUGGCCUUACAGGAAGCAGACAGCAUUGUGACCAUUACUAAUAUACAUCCAUUCGGCUGGGUUAAUAACAUCGUGAGUAUGAGGUGGGAAUCAAAUGUAAUACGUUGCUCAUAUAUAUAAAAAUUGGAAAGAACCCUCCCAGCAACUUUGCAAUGUUGUACAAAAGGGCAUCCAUAAAGGAUUGGAAUAUAAAGAUGGAAUUAAAAGUAGAAUGUAAGGGAGGGACCUGCCUUUCAUACAUAGCCAUUUAUCCAGCUGUAAUACAGACAAGCUUUGUUAUUUACAAACUGCUACCAUUACCAUGAGUCACUGCAUAUUUGUAACACAAAAUAUAGCAUAGCAACUGAACUGAAAAUUACCACAUGUAUCCAACAAAUUUCAAUAAACUGGUCUAAGCAAUCUCUUAUGGUUACCACUCAGUCUCAUUUUCAGUGAGUCAUUACCCUGAUGUGCAGAGGUAACCAGAAAAUGUGAAAGCAUAGUAUUCAAAUAACCUCUGGAGAUGUGAUUGUUUGUGUGGAUAAUAGGUGCACAAGGUUGUCUUUUUAGCACUACGUGAACAACAAAUUAAAAAAGAAAUAGUUUCCAAUGUGUGUGAGGCAGUUGCUGCAGGAUGCCCCUGCCACUGUUACAAAACUAAGCAAUGUCAUUGAAGGCCAAUCAGUUUGUAUUAGCAAGGUUUGUCUGUAAUACUGUAUCAUGCAAUGAGAUUGCUUAAUAAACCUUUCACUUUAAAACAAUGAAAAUGUUUGGGAUUGCAUCUCUUUAUGGGAAUCUUAGUUACUUACAUAGAAGUUUAUGUAUAGUAACACAUAUGAAUGCAACACUAAGGUCAUCCACUAAACUUCAACAAUAUUGCUAAGCUGGUGAUAUCACAAUAUAAAUCUUUUGUAGUCAAACAACGAUGUACUAUGCUGCCAUCUCCUGCUGCUUUUUCAGCUGUCUCACAAUGAACAACUUCCUAUUGCUUACCUGUCACAAUAGCCAUUCCAUGUUACUAAUCCCAUAUUAAACUUGAUUAUUCCUUGUUUACAAUUGCUAUACCAACAUUGUCAGAAUUGGCUAGUCUCUGAAGCUAGGGAGAUGAUACCAUCAGGAUUGACUUGACACGAACCUACAGAGACUGAUGUUUUAAGUAAAUCCCAACACAUUUUCCAUGUUUGAAUUGUUUAAUUUUAACCUUAGUUUUCAGUAUUUCCUGUAAUGUUUCAGUAACAUAAGAGGAAUAUUACAGGGAUAAUAUGAUGGUAUUUAGCAAAUGUGGAGUGGACCUCAUCCCCGCCACAACCUCCAACCAAGUGUCUAUGGAUCUGCUCAUCAGAUUCCUCUCAUCCGUUCACUCUCUAAGAAGCUGUGAUCAAACACUUGCACUCAGAGAGUAAGGAAGAGAAACAAUAACAUUGAUUCAAGACAAAGUAACGGUCAUGGCAAGACCUAUUAUGUUUUUAAUAAAAGUCAGUAACAUAUUACAAAACUCUGCUAAGACUUAGUGUUAAUUUGUGCUCAAUGCAUUAUGCUUGAAUAUCUAACUGAAUAUACUCCUACAUGACACUAACUUGCAUGUAAUCAAUUAGGAAAAAUUGAGAAUAAAGAACGAUUGUUUAAGUUGGUCUAGUAAGUCAAGCAUUUAAAUUUGCAAAUCAUGGUUGCAGUUGCUCAACAGAAGCUGCUUGUGUAAGUGUUGAUCAAGGAAUGAAAAAAGCUUAAAAAAAUCCAAAAGCACUUAGAAUUUAAGUGUGAUCACUGUUGUCAUGCACACUGCGAAAUCCCACAAGUAACAAUAAAAUGAAUGACAUGGUUUUGUGUUCCUCAUUUCUGAACUCCCUGCUCUUGCUCAGAAUGAAAUGAUUGUGCUCAGUUUCCAGAGUUCUUGAUCUCCUCCCAGAACUUCAGUAGAAGAGCAUUGGGACCCUUAGAGAAAUCGGCAUUUUAACUGUUUGUCCAAGUGUUUUGGAGAUCUCUAGCUGGAAGAUCUUUUAGGAAGUUUUAGAUGGAGAUCUUUAAUGUCAAUCUGCCAGCCAGGUGGAUGUUCAGUUUCAUGUUUCAUCUGAAAGAUGGGAGUCGUUGCAUUUGCUUAACUGCGAUGCAGCUGAUUUGUGCUGAAAUCCAGGAAUGGGCUUGAACUGAUAAACUUUUGAUCUGGGGAUGUGUGUCCAGAAUAAGGAAUAAAAUGGAAGGUAGAUAUCUCAUUUGGAAGAUUAAAAACUCUAUAAAAACUGAGAUUUUCUAUCCAUAAAUUUUAUUAGUGUUACUUAUUCCUCUAAGAACUCUCCAUCAUUAACAUCUGCCCUUCUGUCUGGUGUUUGACUGUAAGUUUCACCUGGGCCUUAGUACUAUUAACAAAUCUAGAUGUAUAUUAGAUGCAUAGCAAGAGUUCUAGUUUCACCUUGAUUCUGUAGGAUUGCUAUACCCAGAUUGUAUCAUAAUUACUACUUAUGUGGCAUUUGUAACAGAGAAAAAAUAUCUCAGAGCCAUUCUUGGACUAUAAAAUUGAAACAAAAAAAAUGACCUAUGUGGUGGGAAAUUCAAAAGCAUGUUCAAAUGUGUGUGUUUAAGGAAGGUCAAACUUUAAGUAAAUUACUAUUAACUGGAAAAGAUGUGGGGUCUUGAAGUCAGUUUACGGCCAAACUGAAUGCCAUGGUUGUAAAUGUUGAUUAUGUCUUUUGUGAUGUCCAAUUAGUGCCAAAGUUAAAGAUGUUGAGUUGAUUCUGAUUCCUUCCUAAGGCCAGAGUGAUUUGUGACAAUUAAAUACGAAUUUUGUAUUUGAACUGUAUGAGAGAAGAGUAUGAAAAGUUUACACAACAAUGCUGUGAUAUAAAAAUACUUUGAAUGUCAAAUUGGUGGCAAAUGUGCAGAGAAUGAGUUGAAAUUAAGUUGAAAAAGCUGCAGAUGCUGGAAAUCUGAAAUAAAAACAGAAAAUGCUGGAAAUAUUCAGCAGGUCAGGUAGCAUCUAUGAAAAAAGAAACAGUAAACAUUCCAGGUUAAUGGCCUUUCUUCUAGCAUUUAAUUAAUUUGAAUAAAAUGAAAAUAAAGAAUAAUUGGUUGUUAGAUCGGUAAUGAUAAAAUGGUACCAUUUUCUUUUAGUGGUAUUAGUGGUUCUGAGUCUCUAAUGUCAGGCCAUCAACCUGAAUUGCUAACUUUGUACCGUUCUUCACAGAUACUGCCUUCCACCAUUUUCUGUUUUUAUAUCAAAAAUAGCUUAUUUUAAGCAAUUUAAGCCACUAAAUAAUACCAACAGAUUUUGUUAAAGAGGGCCAGAGAUAAAAUGAGUAGAAGCUGAAAGAUACAGUGUUUACCUCACACUUUGCCAUUAAAUACUGUGAUGCUCAUCUCAGAAGUUAGGUGGGUGGAUCUGGUCACUUAGCUUGAUCAGACGCAGAUCAAUGGAGAUUCAAUAAUGAAUAAAAUAAACUUCCCAAGGCAGUAGUAGACCAACAUCAGUUCCAGCAAGAGGGACAAGAAAGAGAAAAGCACAAAAACUCUUUUCUGAUCAAAUAAUUAAACCAAAUGUCUUUAAGACUGUGGAAUGUAGGCCAAAAAAUUAGGUAUCUGCAUUGUGUAAAAAUUGCAAAAUAGUAGUGGAAAUUAGGGAAAAUGGGCAGAUUAAAUAGGUCUGUAUAAUGAUAGGAAACUGGUACUGUAGAUAUAUUUGUGAAGCCUGCAUUUUCAUUCUCAAUGUGUAAAGGUAGUGGAGAUAUAUUGUCAGUAAAUUUACUGUUUCUGUAUUACACUAUAGACUAGUGGCUGUUGUUGAUUCUGGAACAGGACUAAACAUCUGAACCUGCACUCCAGCUCCUGGACUACUCAUGAGCAACAUUAAAAGAGAUCUAUUAGUUUAAAAUAUAUAAAAACUGUUAACAGUUCAGAUGACCUUUAUACCCUAUUCAACCUCACAUGGUUCAGUGCAUCAUUCUUGAAUAGACACUAGCUUCCAACUUGCUCUCAGUAAUUGUUGUAUAAACUACAUCAACCCAAUGGGUGCAAUCCAGCAAUGAAAAUCACGCUGGUUACGAUAUUUCACAUAGUAACCAUCUGAGUCCUGCAAUACGCUGACCACUUGUAAACUUACUCCCUAUAGAAUGGAAUUCAGCCUGUUAUUCACUCCCAAGAAUUCAUGUUUCUCUUUGCUUUGUCAUUGAGGAUGUUUAAUAUUAUAUCUAAUAGAUGCUAUAUAUUAUUUUUGUAACUUCAUUUGCAGCUUUGAAGUUCGUUGGAUUUAAAUUGGCCUCUAUAAUAUUAAAAAUAGUAAACAAAGAAAUCAAACAAAAAUUUGAUUUUGUUGCUAACAUAUACAAUUAUAAUCUAUUUGGAAAUGCAAAUUUGAAGACCAAGUGGAAAUAGGCACAUUUGGCAAUAUUAUCUGAGGAAUUUUGAUUGACUCAAGAUGUCACUAUGUUCAACUACUUAUUUUCUGGGAAGGAAGCUUUGAGCCUCAAUCAGAUUCACAUGCCUCUGGUAAUUUUUCUUUUUACUCAUAAGCAAAAUGUUGUAGAAUUGAUCUCUAAACUUCAUGAAGGCUUCAUGGAAGCGUCAGGGAGGACUGGGCCUCUCGGUGUUCUCUCUGCCCAAGGUGUGGAUAUCAGUAUUGGCCUAUUACAACUUAUGUUCAUAAAUAUCAGUCCAUUGUUAUCUGGACUUCGUGUGUUCUCAUUUCAUUUCCAAAGUAUAAGAAAAUGUUCAGUGUGAGUUCAAAUGUGGGGUUGCACAUAUUGAUAUUCAGUGUUCACCUACAGAUAGAUGCUUGUGUAUAUCAGGUAACUACUGUCUUGUGUUUGAAUGUAUUUACUUGUUCUACACGUGGUGAACUGGAACAUCUUAUUGUUUACAAAAUACGCAGUGUUUGCAUGAUAGCCUGUCAGAGAUAGACAUUUUUUUUCUGACUGAUGUAAAUAAGAUACUUCAAAUUAACAGGACAAAAUUGUACUUAGUAAUGUUUGCAUUUAAAUAUAAAAAAAACAGAACUUUAUUUAAUAAAGAUUCUUUUUGUAAUUCA